CUCCUCUUGCCGCAGGACUCGUAUUUUUUUUGUAUUUUUGCACUUGUGGAGCCCUGACGUUGUUGAUGUCCAGCAUGUUUCUGCUGACCCUCAGAUGAUCUGUGACCACAUCUUACUGAUGCACUUUAGCACCUUUCUGGAGCCUUCCGCCCACGGUGUGGCCUGCAGCUGAUGACCAAAACGACCGCCACGUUUCCCCGCCGUCGCUCCAAGCCACGCGCCGCCCUCAGCCUCACGCGCCUUCAGGACGUCCCGGGAUGUUCCACAGGUUUGCCAGUGCUCUGUUCGGGGACGACGCGGGAGAGCUGAGCCGAGGCAGCAGGUCCGGAGACGGCAAGGACGAAGAGGAAGACGACGAAGACUGGAUCCUGGUCAACUACCUGGCUGAAGCCUGUUCCGCUCAGUGUGCUGACGUCCUCUCUGCAUCCUCCAUCAAUCCUGAUGAUGAUAAAGAGGAGGAAGAGGAGGACCUGGUGAUGAUCCCCUCUCCUAUAGCCAGCCCUGCUAUACGCUACCCCUCCUGCACCUCCCUCAACUCCACAGCUGACACCGACCCAGACGGCGGGGCAGAGGAGGACGAAGACGUGGAUGAUGAGGAGGGCGGCUUCCAGGAUCUGGAGGGCUGCUCGAUGGAAGAGAGCUGGUUCAUCACCCCUCCGCCCUGCUUCACUGGCCACAGCAACCAACCAAUCCUCCUGGAAACCAGCCCCCUGGAGAACCUGUUGAUCGAACACCCCAGCAUGUCCGUCUACGCCCAUCACAUCCCCCCGCGACUGGCUCUCGACCCCCUCCCACGACGCUCGAUGCUCCAACCAGAACUGGACUUUUUGUCUACCAACCUGACGGCCUCAGGAGGAAAGGACAAGACGAGACUCAUAGAAGGAGCUCGGCACAGGCCGGAGGUGUCAGUUGUGCAGCACCGCUCCAGCCUCCACUCCACCUGCUACACCGCAGCGCUCUCUGAUCCCACCCGCCUUCUGCAGCAGCGAGCAGGUAACGCCACCCAACGCGCCCAGUCCCUGUCCCGUAAGGCCCUGCGCCGCCUCAACCUGCUGCGACCCCCGAAGCCUGGCAUCGUGCACCUGCACCAACCCACCCAGAGGCACCUCAACUUCUGAAAGGUCCUGAUUUUACCGUCAUCAUCAUCAUCACCCUCAGCACAGAUUGGGAAUUGUAACACUGGCCUUUCACAAACACUCACCUCGUGCUCUCGAUUUAUCAAGAAACAAACACCAGCAGCCAGAUCAUCCGCCACAGACGACCGUCCAGAUCUGUCCCGAACAGGAACUGUGGCUUUUUUUUUCUUCUGUAUCAGGUUUAAAGGCCAGUGAACAUUAUCAUCCUGCCUUUCAUCCAUCCUUUCUUUUAAAAUUUGCUACGAAGAAGGGAUGCGAAAAAAAGUAAUGAUGUACACCCACUCCCUCUUUAUGUCCAAUCACAGAGUAAGACGUGUCAUGUGACUCAUGACCUCUCACUCGUACCUUUUCUUUAGUUGUUCCGUACCAACGUGUUAGAAUCGACGCUGUAGGUCACUUUAUUCAGAGGCAGGUUCAUGGCGCAGCAGGACGGUCCAGUGGUGUCAUUUCAGAUUGAUGGUUGUCUAACUGAGCAGCUUGAUAAGGCAGUUGAGGCGUUAUUACUUUGAAUAUGAACAGAAAAAACUGUGGAAGGUGCUUCAGCUUCCUCAGUGCAGGACUGUCGUGACGAAGGCUUUAAGCUUUAGAAAAGUGCCAAUAUCUGCUGGUUGGACAUGCGUGGUGCUGUAGGUGGAAAUCAAAAUCUUAAAAGAGAGGAGCUUGCCUUUAAUCUUCAGACAAUAAUCAUUGUUCAUUUUGCUUUUUGUUUUGGACGAGUUCAUGCAUUUCACAAAAGGGCGGGGUACGUUUACGGUUUAAGAUGUUAAAAGGACAGCUUUUCAUGUCUGAAACACUUUUAAAGUGCAAUACUCUGCCUCGCUGCCCAACAUCAAUCCAGAUGUUCAGAUGCUGCAUCACAAGC